AUGCCCAACUUCACAGCUGCGGAUUCUAUUCGCAUUUUGGUCGCCACAGACAGCCAUGUGGGAUAUGCUGAGCGUGAAGCCCUGCGAAAAGAUGAUAGUUGGCAGGCCUUUGAUGAGGUUAUGGGCUUAGCUAAAUCACAGGAUGUCGACAUGGUCCUUUUAGCUGGCGAUUUGUUCCAUGAUAAUAAGCCAUCCCGAAAGGCUAUGUAUCAAGUGAUGCGCUCACUACGAAUGAACUGUUUUGGAGACAAACCUUGCGAAUUAGAAUGGCUUAGCGAUGCCGCGGAUGUUUUCGAUAAAUCUUUCGACCAUGUUAACUAUGAGGAUCCAGAUAUAAAUGUCGCUAUCCCGGUGUUCUCUAUUCACGGUAAUCAUGACGAUCCAAACGGUGAAGGCAACUUCUGUUCACUUGACCUCCUUCAGGUAUCGGGUUUGAUCAACUAUUUCGGUCGCACCCCAGAAUCCGACAAACUGGAGAUCAAGCCAAUCCUUCUACAGAAAGGACAAACAAAACUGGCUCUGUAUGGGAUGAGCAAUGUGCGCGACGAACGACUUUUUCGAACAUUUCGAGACAACAAAGUCAAGUUUUGGCAACCAGGUGUCCAGAAGCAGGACUGGUUCAAUCUCAUGGCUGUUCACCAAAACCACCACGCCCAUAAUGAGACGGGAUACCUACCGGAGAGAUUCUUGCCGGAAUGGUUAGAUUUGGUUGUUUGGGGCCAUGAGCACGAAUGUCUUAUCGACCCAGUCCUCAAUCCAGAAACCAUGUUCCACGUCAUGCAACCUGGCUCUUCUAUUGCCACAUCCCUGGUUCCCGGAGAGGCUGUGCCAAAACAUGUUGCUAUAGUCACUGUUACUGGGAAGGAGUUUACGACGGAGAACAUCAGGCUUAAGACUGUCAGACCUUUCCUUACCAGAGAGAUCAUCUUAUCGGAUGACACACGCUUUCAGGGACUAGCGAGAGCCAAAGAUAGUAAAGCAAGACUCACGGCAAAGUUGGUUGAGGUCGUGGAUACCUUGAUAGAGGAAGCGAAGUCGGAUUGGCUAGCAAUACAAGACGAUGACGACCCUCCAGAUGAGGUUCCUCUUCCCCUCAUUAGACUGAAGGUUGAAUACUCGGCGCCUGAUGGUGGCAAGUUUGAUUGCGAAAACCCCCAGAGAUUCUCUAAUCGCUUUGUUGGUAAAGUUGCAAAUGUGAAGGACGUAGUACAAUUCUACAAGAAGAAGACUACGACGAAGAAGGACAAAAGCGAAAGGGACAUGCCUACAGUGGAGGCUCUUGCUGCUCUGGCGUCCGAGGGUGUAAAGGUCGAGCAAUUAGUCCGCGAAUAUGUUGCCGCACAAUCUUUAAAGAUAUUGCCCAAGGCACCAUUUGGAGAUGCCGUUACUCAGUUCGUCGACAAAGAUGACAAGCAUGCUCUAGAACAAUUUGUUAAUGAUUCUUUGGCCGCGCAACUUAAAGGCAUGUUGGCGGCUGAAGCCGGCGUCGACGAUGAGCCAGCUCUGCACGCUGUCAUGGAUCGGCUGCGUGAUCAGCAAGAGGCGUUGUUUGCUGCGGGAACUUUGAAGCUCAAGAAGAAAAAUGCGAAGCUCAAGCCUCGUCCCGAGACAUGGGAUACAGAUAUGGAUGGAGAUUGGGAGGAUGAGCCUGGCGCUUGGGAGUUCAUCGAGGGUGAUGAUGCUGAGGAUGCUGCAGGCAAACGUGGAGCUGGUAGCGAUGACAAUGCAUCAAUAGCAUCUGCUGCAGUGACUGCAAAGUCGACUGGAAGAAAAGCACCAGCAAAGAAAGCACCUGCUAAACCUCGAGCUCCGGCAAAGCCCAAAGCACCUGCAAAAGCUCCAGCUCGAGCACCACCUAAAGGUCGCAAAAAGGCCGUUUUUGAGCCGAGCGAUGAUGAUGAUGAUGAUGUAGUCAUGGUUGAUUCUGUUCCAGCGAAAUCGCUGCCCAAAAGAGCUGUAGCUACCAGAGGACGCCAAACUCAACUUACUUUUACGCAGCCGUCCCAGGCUCAGGAACUUAGCGACGACGAGAUUUCUGACGACGAUGCUUUUGAUCCAGCACCCGUCUCUUCGUCGAGGAGACGGUAG